GUUAUUGAAAAUAACUUAUCUAAUAAAGUUGGUGAUUCAAUACUUAAAUUUAUCAAAAAAUGGAAAUUUUUUGAUAAUAAAUCAUUACCAUCUUCAACAAAUGCUGGAAAAAUGAUAAUAGAUAAAUUGAAUAAUAAAAUAAAUGAUUUUAAAAAAAUAUUAGUUUUAAAAUAUAAUGAAGAAGAUUAUUUUUUUUAUUAUCGUGAUAUAAUUGAUGCUAUAAAAGAACUAUUAGUAAAUAAAGAAAUUUCAGAAAAUUUAACAUUUAAUUAUGAAGAAACAUAUACAGAAAUUAAUGGAAACAAAUAUAGAUGUUAUAAAGAAAUUUAUAAUUCUAAUUGGUGGAAAAUAAAUCAAGAAUCUAUUUCUAAAGAUUUUAAUUUAUUAUUUUUAAUUAUAUAUUCAGAUGCAACAACAUGUGAUCAUUUAGGCAAAACUUCACAGCAUCCAAUUUAUUUAUCUUUAGGAAAUAUUCCUAAUUAUAUUAGAAAUAAAGCAUCUUCAAAAGUUCUUUUAGUUUUUCAUAACUGUAUGGAAAUUUUAUUUCAACCUAUUUUAUUAAAAAAUCAAACUGGAAUAAAACUUAGAAUUAAUAAUCAAUUAGUUUUAUGUAUAACAAAAUUAGCAAUAAUUAUAGCUGACUGGCCAGAAGCUUCUGAUUAUUGUUUAACUUUCAAAUCAACACAAUCAUCAUAUCCUU